GUAGUUAUUUAUUACCCACUUUAAGUGCUGUAUUUAGUGAUAUCAAUCAAUGUCCCAAAGCUUUAUCGGUGUAUGGAUAUGAUGCCACUGAUAAUCUUAUUGAAUGCCAAUUUAUCAGGUUGAUUAUCUACUGAUUUUGGUUGGCACUGAGAGCGAGAGGGAGAGAGAGAGGGGGAGAGAGAGAGAGAGAGAAACUAUUUAAUCAUCUGUAGAGAUUUCAGUGUGUGAAGUGUUUUGUAUAAUACAGUGGUUUUUGUAUGUUUGUUAUGCCAUAUUCAUGGUAAAGUUAUUUAACCAAGUCUUUGCUGCUGCAUGAAUAGUUAAAGGUCUGACUGUGAAAGAUGAUAGGCUCUAUUUCUUUCACCUAGGCAGAGUAAUGUGAGCUCCAGGUCAGGCACUGCAUUUUCUUUUACCUUUGUUUGCAGGCCAAGCAUGGGUGUGGGCUGUUUUACAAUGCUUCAGCAUGAAACCAUCAGUAAAAUACACAGUAAAAUGUAAAUGAACAUUUCAGAAAAUCACCAGACCAUGUCAUCAGCAUAUGACUCUGAAUCCAACAUGCUGUUAUUUUAAGGCAUUCAGUUUACACAUUUUAAAACAAGCAGUCUCCUGAAUCAUGUUCAGAAAAUACUGACUGAUUUCUGUUUCCAUUUGGAUUUGGGAAUUAACAGAUGUUAACAAAUGAACUGCAUCGCUUUUGUAUGACAACAUUUAAUUGCAGAUAUGGCAUCUGAGUUAUGCAUCAGUGUCACCAAGUACUUCCUGUUUGUCUUCAACCUAAUCUUUUUUUUGUUGGGGAUGGUCGUACUGGGGUUGGGAGUCUGGAUAAUAUGUUCAGAGACAACUUUUCACUCACGGUUAAUAUCUGCCCAUCCCUACCUAUCCCUGUCUCUCUUCCCCUAUCUGCUGGUCAUCAGUGGCUCUGUCACCUUGUUAUUGGGCUUCUUUGGGAGCCUCGGUGCUCUGAAGGAGGUCAAAUGCAUGCUGGCAACUUAUUUCAUCCUGCUCACCGUGCUUCUUGCAGCUCAGAUAAUUGGUACAGUUCUGAUCUUCACGCAGAAAAAAGCGUUUCAGACUUCUCUGGAAAAAUAUGUUACUGACAUGAUUAAGUCAUUUGAGAUGAACAAUUCUACAACUCUAGAUUUAAAAAAAGAUCUAGAUGUCCUUCAAAUUGAGGCCCAGUGCUGUGGCUGGACAGGACAAAAAGACUUUCAUGAGGUCCCAUGCUCCUGUUACAUGACAAAUGGUACAGCUAAUCCCACUAAUCAAAGCUCAAGCGUCUGCUGUAAAUCCAUCUCAAAUUACACAUGUGUGGUGUAUGAAAAGAACUGCAGAGAGACUCUUGAAGGUUGGCUUAAUAAGCAUCUUAUGAGCGUUCUUGGAGUGGUGCUUGCUGUAGCUGUUGUAGAGAUAUGUGGUACCAUCCUUUCGAUGUGUCUGUAUAACCAGGCUACCUUGGAUUACUCCGUGCCUAUGUACUUUUAAACCAGAGUGGAGCGCAGGAAGAACAUCAGCUAAAAGCUUUCUGUAUAUGCAUACUGACAGUUAAUUUCUUAACACAUCAGUAUUGACUUCUGUACAUGGCAGCAGUACUUUAUUUUCUAACCCAAAAUCAUUAUUGGUUCCUGUACAUUUUUUUUUUUUUUUUGUCAGUCUCAUAUCAUUUUUGAUGUUAAUAAACAAUAAAUUCAAAUAACAGUGUCACGUUAUUUAUGUUACUGGAACCUGUAUGUUUUUCUUGUCAGAAGUUAUUGUUUGAAAUUCCAGUAUUUGACCCAACCCUUAUUUCUUUAGGCCUAAAUGUGUUAUAGAAGUAUCUAUUGCAUGUAAUUGUAUCUUCCUGUCUUCUAUUAAGAAGGAAAAAUAGAAGCACCUAUAUGUAUUUCACCAACAUAAUGAGUCUCUAUUUUCACACCUACACAAUGGAUGACCUCAAUCCUGAAGGGACAGCUCUGUUCUUUUUAACAGUUAUUCAUGAUUAUUUUGUUGCCCUUUCCUGUUUAGAUCAUAUAAAAUGUAUUAAACAUUUAAUAUUAUCAA